AUGUCAGGAGGGACUGGGUCACGCCGAUUUAUGGCCCCCGAAGUAGCGUUAUCAGAAUCUUACACCGUAUCCGCCGAUAUCUACUCCUUCAGUAUUUUAUUCUGGGAGAUUCUAACGUACGAAAAGGCCUUCGGACGCUUGUCGUCGGAAGAGCAUCGGGAAAAGGUGAUCAAACAGGGCGAUCGACCACCCCUUGAUCGACGUUGGAGUCAUGCACUGGUGCAACUUUUGGAAAGCUGCUGGGAUCGUGAUCCUUUUGGUCGACCCAAGGCCAGAGACUUAUACAAGGGCAUUCGGGAG